AUGUUUAUCGGCGGUCUGAACUGGGAAACUACUGAUCAAUCCCUUCGUGACUACUUCUCACAAUUUGGCGAGGUUCAAGAAUGCACUGUUAUGCGCGAUAGCGCCAGUGGUCGCUCUCGUGGCUUUGGCUUCUUGACCUUCCGUGACCCCAAGACUGUCAAUACUGUUAUGGUCAAGGAACAUUAUCUGGAUGGAAAGAUUAUCGAUCCCAAGCGUGCCAUUCCUCGUGAUGAGCAAGAGAAGACCUCUAAGAUCUUUGUGGGCGGUGUAAGCCAGGAGGCAACUGAGCAAGACUUCAAGCAUUUCUUCAUGCAGUUCGGACGCGUCGUGGAUGCUACUCUUAUGAUUGAUAAGGACACUGGUCGUCCCCGUGGAUUCGGUUUCGUGACAUUUGACAGCGAGGCUGCCGUUGAGAAAACCCUUUCCCGUCCCCUAGAUAUCCUCGGAAAGCCUAUUGAAGUCAAGAAGGCUCUUCCCCGUGGUAACCUGCGUGACAACAACGAUCAGCGUGGAGGACAGCGUAAUGGAGGAUUCCGUGAUCAAAACCAGAAUGAUGGUCAGCAACAGGUUUCUCAGCAGGGACAGGGUAGCAGCAUGACCCCUCAGAUGAUGGCUCAAUACUGGCAGCGAAUGCAGCAGUACUUCACCAUGAUGCAGACGAUGGCCCAGGGUCAAGGAAUGCCCGGAAUGGGUAUGAACCCUGCCAUGAUGAACCCCGCUAUGAUGCAACAGAUGCAGCAAAUGCAGAUGCGUCAGCAACAGCAGCAGCUGGGUGGUCCGCAACAUGGUUCCAUGAGUCCUGGUCCCGGUCCCCAGAGCCCCAGUGCUCAGCACGCCAUGCCAAACAUGAUGAACGCUGCCAUGAUGCAGCCCAACCAGGCUGGCAGCGCCACUGGUGCUACGGGAAGCGACACCGCCAGCCCCGGUCCCAACGCUGCCGCCAUGGCUGCUAACCGCCAGCCCGGACCCGGCUACAACGCACACGAACAGCUUGCAUUCGAGCAGCAGAAGUAUGAACAGCAGCAGGCUCGCACCAUGGAUCCUCGUGGCUUCUCGCCUUACCAGCAGCAGGGAGGUCCUACUUCUUGGGAGGGAAUGUACGACGAGGUCCCUCAGCCCCACGCUCCAGGUGGACCAUCAGGAACUACCCCUCAGCCCCAGAGCACAGCUCCAGCCAACGCCCCCACCGGACCCCGUAACGCUGGCAAGCCCGGUGCGAACUACCGUGGCGGUGGCCGCGGAGGUGGUAGUCACCGCGGUUACCACCCCUACCAGCGCUAA